AUGGCCUACAUGGAGCGUUUGCUUGCGCACUAUACCGGUCAAUCAAGACUGGAUGCCGAGACGUUAAAGACCUUGGCCGACUCCGUAGAGAAAGGGCGAUCCGGCCCGGAGGCUUCGGCUGCCGGGGCAGGACCGGAUGCCUCUAUGGAGCCGGAGGUCGGCGCCGACGUUGAAGUGAAGUCGCAGAGCUCCGACUCGUUUCAAGUGGACGAGAUUACCGUCCAGCCUUUGGAGAAUAACAUCACACACUACUCUGGCGAGUUCUCGCACUGGAACUUUUCCAUGCGAAUAAAACAGUGGAUCGAACAGUGUGUCAAUGAUGCCCCUGACGGCCCCAAGACCCAGUUCAAGGAGUACUACCGUCCCGAAGAGCUGCAGUCGUCCUCCAACACCGUGGCUUCUCUCUCCUCUUUGCCGCCACGGUAUGUCGCGGACUUUCUCGUCCAUGCCUUCUUCAACCAUGCCGAAACAAGCUACUUUUACGUUGAGCGCACCUGGCUGCAGGAAAAGCUUGACAUGGUGUAUGAGAACCCAGCAUCCCUCACCCGUCGGGAUGUAGGGACAAUGUGUAUCAUUCUGAUCGUCUUCGCUAUCGGGACGCAAUAUGCUUACCUCGAUUCCCGUGAUGAGAGGGGCAGGGUGCCGAGCGCUGCCGCCGAGUCGAGCCCGUUUUCAGAGGACACCAUCGGCAUCAUGUUUUAUCAACAAGCUUGCAGGCUUGUCCCGGACGUCAUCACAAUAUCCAGCUUGGAGAGCGUGCAGGCGUGUCUCUUGAUCGGCCUGUACACCCUCCCUCUCGAUGCGUCCGGGCUGUCGUAUGUGUACCUGAACCUCGCAGUGAAACUCGCUAUCCAGAACGGUAUGCACCGGAAGUAUCCCGGAGAGGAUAUCGACCCUGUCAUCCGCGAGACGAGGAACCGCGUGUGGUGGACGGCCUACACCACCGAGAAGCGCAUUGGGAUAUUCCACGGCCGGCCGAUAUCGAUUGCCGCAGCCGAUGUCGAUGCAGAGAUGCCCGCUGAUCGCCCUGACAUUUGGCCUGGACCUCCACCACCAAACACCGCUCACAUGCUGGCUACUCUACAACUGAACCAAGCACUGAGCAGGAUAGCCCAUCAGAUUUCCCUCUUCAAGACUUUUGAAAAGGCCGAAAUCCCGGACGGGAUGGCUAGGUUAGUAGAAAUGAAGGCCAAACUUCACAACUGGUGGAACAGCCUUCCAAACGCGACCUUCUGCAAAGACCCGAGUCCAGGUUCCGUGGUGUUCCGUCCCGACAUGCAUCUAAGGCUGGAAUACUGCCUUGUCCGUAUGUUUGCAGGCCGACCGUUCAUCUUCCCCCGAGAAUCGACCCGCAGCACAGCCAGCUCCUCCGGCUCGCCCGCCGAGUCCGCCGUGCCGCCACGCACCAGCGGUUCCAAUAGCAAAACACACCCACGAUCGGUGCUGGUGGCGGAUUGCGUCGAUGCUGCCCUCUGCGUAGUCGAAACGUGCCGCCUCCUGCGUAACAGCGUGGGCCUCGCCCGCGCAUCAUACACGGAAUUCAGCUCCUGCCGCGCGGCGCUUCUCGUCAUAAUCACGCAAUGCCUGCAAAAGAAGACGGACCGUCUACGUGAGGCGCUGCGAGAGGGCAUGGCGAUGCUCAAGGAGAUGUCUGCGGGCGGCGAGUCGGCCAAGUCCGAGAUGUCGCUCAUCGAAGCCUUCGAGCGCGCCAUCGCCAGGCUGGACACCAACGACGACGCGGCGUCCGCGAAAGAGUCCGACUAUGCGCGUUUCAAGAAGUGGGAGAUGCUUUGGAAGACCGACACCCCGGCGCAUGAUGCCAGGAGCGAGAGGAGCCACGACGCUGCGCUGCCGAUCCCGCCGCACCCUGCUGCGUUCUGGCGGGGCGCUACCGGCCACGGUCAUGGGGGUCAUGGUCAUGUCGCCCCUGGGACCGGUAGACAGGGUACCGCGUCGCUCCCGCCGGCGAUGCCUUUUUUCGGGCUUGACGGCAGCCUGUCGCCGAUGCCGCCGGCAAUGGACGAGUUUUCGGCCAUGUUUGGCAACGGGUAUGUCCCUGGGUUCGAGGGUAUGGGCGGAAACGUCAAUGGGAAUUGGAUGGGGCUUUGA